GUUCCGGGUGAAGGCGGCCAUGACGGGCCGCGGGACGCCGAGCCGGUUCCUGGCCGCGGUCCUGCACAACGGCGUGGGGCGCUACGUGCGGCAGCUCCAGCGCCUCCAGCUCGUCUUCAGCCCCGCGGCGCCCGACGCCCGCGGCGCCAGGCAGUUCGUGGAGGAGGCGGCGCUGGACUUCGCCCGGCAGCACCCCGACGUCGUGCUCUACGUCAACCCCCGCUCCGGCCCGGCCCCGCUGCUGCUCGCCGAGUACUUGAACGGCACAGUGCGGGAGGAGCUCAUCGCCAACAAGAGCAGCGAGGAGAUUGCCCAGCUCGCCACCAAGCUGGCCAACCGGUCGGGCCUGGACAUCAUCCGCAUCCGCAAGCCCUUCCAUACCGCCAACCCCAGCAUCCAGGGCCAGUGGCACCCCUUCACCAACAAACCCAGUGCCCUCACCCUGCUGGGCCCCCGCCUGCCACCUAAAUAAAGUGUCACCCUGCUGCCA